AUGGGAAAAAGCUUCUUUUUGUUGUACUUGAACAAAGAGGCGGAGAGUGAAGAAAUCAGAGGCGCCUUUCAAUCAGGCCAUUCUCGAUGCACAGCGGGGAUCCUGAUAUCCACACAACCGUAUCAGCUGGCAAAUGAUCAAUUGAUUUUCUUUUUGGAUACACAGGGCACUUUUGAUUUGGAAACUGACCGAAAGGUCUCUGUUUGGAUCGCAAGUUUUAGUCUACACUUCUCUGAUAUUCAAAUUGUCAAUUUAAGAGGCAUCAUUGGUGGUAAUGAUCUUCAAGAUUUAUAUACUUUUGUUCAGUUCGCAAUGACAUAUCCGGGGGCGAAAUUACCGAAACAACUCAUCUUCCUUAUUCGUGACGCUCCACAAAUUGAUCAAGACAGUAUUUUCUUGGAAAACUUACAGAUGCAAUGUUCAAAUUCCGUGGAAUUAAAAGAAAUUAUGAAUUCGUUGCGAAAAAAGUUUGAAAUCAGCGUCUUUUGUUUGCCAACAGUUUCCGAAAAUAUUCAAAAAGCUUCGGGAUUUGUUGUCAUGGAAGAUUCGGUUGAUUCUGCUUUCUAUCAAAAAAUGAAUUCUGUGAAAGAAAGCAUUGAAAGCUUCUGUAGAAAUGAUUACAACAAACUUCCUGAAGACUUGAUUGAUUUUGGUCAUAAAAUCUGCGCUCAUAUCACCACUGUGGCCCCAGAGCUUCGCUCAACGGUUGAGAUAAUCAAGCAAGUUUCAAAAGCUGUCGCCGUCAACAAAUCUUUUGAUUUCUUUUUGAAUCUAAUCAAGGGACUGAAAGCCGAGAACUUCCCAAAUCGCGAAAUCGAGAUUAAAAAUGAAACCAUCAAUCACCUUCACUCGUUUAAUUUAAAACCAGAAGAUCUAGAGGAAGCAAAAGCUACAUUGAUGCAGAGAAUGAACGAAAAGCUUCAAGAACUGAAAGUCCAAUGGCAAAGAGAUUUGGAUGAGAAAGAGGAAAAUGAAGCAAUUUUUGACUUUCUGCGGAAGGAAAGAACAAGGAUCAAUAAGAUUUAUGAAAUCAAAGAACUAGACAAAUUGGAGAACCACUUUAUCAUAUUUGAUCAAUUCCCAGCUUCUCACGUUUUGGAAAGAAUAAAACUUGAAACGGAGGAUGAAUUGAAGGCUGAAUUGAGAUCACUUCAGUUUAAAAUAGACGAAGAAACGAUUGUUCUACAAAGAUUUGAAGAAAUCUUGCAGACAUCGACUAGCACUUUUCUUCAGCAUAAGCAAACGAUCUUGGAUCAGAGAAACAACUUUGAAAAUCUGAAGAGACGACAAGUUGGAGUGUUUGAUAAUGGUGGUGAAGAAUCUCGAGAAUUUCUAGCGCGAGCUUCCUGCUUUGACCGGGACAUAUUAAUGAAAGAAAAAACACGAUCACUCUUGGCUUUUGCCGAACACCUGAUGUUACAAGAGCCUGUGAAUGGGCAGCGAGAGAUCUACUCGAAAAUUUUAGAUGGAAAGAUUGAGGCAUUGAUUGCUCAACAUUUGGCCAGAAAUACUUCAAAAUCUCCUGUUCUAUCAAAUCAACAAGAAACUCGGCCACACGUGAGAAAGGCAGGCAUCAGGAAGAGGCUUCGGGGAUUUUUGUUUGGAUUUGGAAGAUCGCCGAGAAAGUCACAAGAUGCAAAGAUUGAGGCAUUGGCUGCUCAACAUUUGGCCAGGAAUACUUCAACAUCUCCUUUUCUAUCCAAUCAACUAGAAGUUCAGCCACAGGUGAGAAAGCCAAGCAUCUGGAAAAGGGUUUGGAGAUUUUUACUUGCAUGCUUCUGCUGUCGAUGUUCCUCGAGAGAAUCACAAG